AUGGAAUAUUUGAAUAAUAUAUUGUCACAGCAGAACCAGAAGGUUCAGCUGGUCGAGGAAGCUAUUCCGACGCUUUGUAAUAGGUUACAACACGCCAGUUUGUCCUCUGACAGAAGAUCAGCCGUUUUAGGGUUGAAAAGUUUUAGUAGACAAUAUAGAGAAUCGGUGACUGAAUAUGGGUUGAGAACAUUAGUUGCCACCUUGAAUAAAGAUGCAGAGAAUCCAGUUAUAGUGAAGGCGGUUUUAGAAACGUUAUUGAUUUUAUUUUUGAGAGGUGAAAGUGAUGAUGAUAUGACUAGAGGUUGGAUAUCCCAGCAGUCUAGGCUUCAAAAUGGGAAAUAUCCUUCUCCAAUUUUGAUGGAAAAUAUUAGCGUUGAUCAAUUUUCCAUGUGGAUUGCAGAUGAACUCACCAAAUCUGAAGAAUCUGUCAAAUUAUUGAUAGAUAUUAUACAAAAUAAUGAAGAUUUUCAUAUAAGAAUAUAUUCUUUGCAAUUGUUGGAGUCUUUGGUUUCAACUAGAGCUAUUCGGACGAAAGACUGCUUGUUGAAUAUUCCUACUGCUAUAUCCAUCCUUGUCUCGUUAUUGGAUGACCCAAAUGACCCGGUAAGGAAUGAAGCUAUUUUACUAUUAAUGGCUGUUGUAAAUAAUAAUUUUAACAUACAAAAGUUGGUUGCAUUUGAAAAUACAUUCGAUAGACUUUUUGAUAUUAUAGAUGAAGAAGGUGGGAUACGAGGUUCUAUAUUAGUUCAAGAUUGUUUGACUUUGGUCACAAAUUUGCUCCAGUACAAUGCAUCAAAUCAAAAAUAUUUCUUAGAGACCCAAUGUGUUCCAAGGUUAGCUAAAUUAUUAGGUGAACCAGUGGAUGAGCUUUUCGAGGAUGGCCUAACGGAUGAAAAGGGCUUCCCGAUCCCUGUCCCUCCGAUAGUUUGGACAGAACAAAGAUUACAGAACAUGACUAUUGCACUUGAAAUAUGUAAAACAUUCGUCUUGGAGGAUAACGAGUUUCGUGAAUUGAACCAACAAAAUCUUUUCCGCUCCGGGGUUUUAUUCACUGUCCUAAAAUUAGUCUUCUCUCCUAUCACAGCUAAUGAAGUUAGAUCAAUUGCAUUAUAUACUACCGGUGAUAUCAUUGCUGGUAACUCAGAAAUUCAAUUAGAAUUUUCACAAAUUGAUGUUCCAUAUAUGGAUCCAUCAUUACCCACUCAAUUACAAGUUUUUGAUAGACCUGCUCCAGUUACAAUCGCCUUAUUAAAUUGGGCUUUAUAUAUAAAUUCAGUUCAUACCUUCGAGAUUAGAUUAGCUGCUUCACACUGUUUACAUUGCUAUUUUGAAAAUAAUGCCGAAUCAAAAGGUGCUUUCUUAAAUGAUCAAAUAAAAGCUUACAAUAACCCAAAUUAUUUUAAUGAAUUGGCAGAGCAAAAUGACAAGAAUGGUAGUUCACAUCAAAAUGGCCAUAAAGAUGAGAAUUUAGCCGAGACUCCAUUUGCCAAUAUAUUUUCAACUUUGAUGGAUUAUGAUUCCGACAUAAAACUCAAUCCUUAUAGAUUAUGGUUUUCUGCCGUUAUACUUAUGUACCUCUUUGAACAAAGUGAAGAAAACAAAGAUUUAUCUAGGAAUGUUCAGACUGGUGAUGCUGAGGCUGGUGAAGAAGUCAUGAGUUGUAUACAAGCCAUUUCUGGCUUGCUUAUUACAUCAUUAGACAAUGGCGAUCCUCGUAUUUCAAUUGGUUACUUGAUGAUUUUAACAUAUUGGUUUUAUGAAGAUACAAAAGCGGUGAAUGACUUUUUAGCUGAUGCAUCAAUAUUAAGGUCUCUUUUGGCAUUUCUUUCAAAUAACUCCUCAGAAUCAGCUAUUUUAGUCCAUGGUAUGGUGUCUAUUUUAGUUGGUGUUGUAUAUGAAUUUUCUUCAAAAGAAUCUCCACUUCCAAGACCUGAUUUACACUCCUUAUUGGUGAAGGCUUUAGGUAAGGAUAAUUACACCCUUAAAAUCAAACAAUUCAGAGAUAAUGACAAGUUUAAGAAAUUGGCGGAGUCAGAUAUUCUUUUCGUUGGUAAAGAUGAUACUGGUUUGCCAGAGGUUUAUUUUGAUUCUUUGUACGUUACUUUAGUUCGUGAAAAUUUUUAUAGAAUCAGAAGAGCUUUAUUUCAUGAUCCAAAUGCCGAUCCUCAAGUUCGUUUAUCUUACGAAGCUUAUGAAGAAUUAGAAAAUAAUUACUCCAUUUUAAGAAAUGAUUUAGCCACAGAAAAGAUGAAAUCAUUCGAAACAAAGGGCCAACUUCAGGAAAAGCUUGAUGAACUUCAGAGUGAAGCAGAUGAUCUCAAGUCAAAAUUAGAGUCGAGUGAAGAAAACUUAGCAAGCACUCAGGAAAAAUUGAAGUCUUUGAAUGAGCAACAUCAGACAGUUUCUAAGCAGUUAAAAGAUACUGAGACAGCUAAGACUAAUUUCGAAUCAAGCUCAAAAAAAUACUUUCAUGAGUUACAAGCAGCUUUGAAAAACCACACUUCUGUCUCCGAAAUGAUUAAACAGGUGGAGACCAAGUUGGACGAAUCACAGAAGGCAAAAAGUAAAGCUGAAGAUGGAAUUAACAAAAUGAGUAGAGAGUUAUUCCAUUUGAGUAAACAAAAGAAAGAGGUAGAUAGCACCAUCGAGAAACUUGAAAGAGAAAUAAAGAAUUUGAAAGAUGAGAUUCAAAAAAUUACUAAUAAUUAUGAAUCUCGUAUUCAAAAGCUUCAGCAAUCUAAUGACCAGUUCAAGAAAAACAUUGAUCAAUUGAAUAAGCAAUUAAGUGAGUCAGCCCAAAAUUUGAAACAACAAGAAUCAAAAAUUAAAGAACUCAAUGACUCCUCUAAAGAAUCUGAGGCUAACAAUGAGCAUUUGAUGCUCAAAUUGAGAUCUGCUGCCUCGGCCUAUCAGGAAAUAAAAAAUUCAAAACUUGAUGCUGAAGACAAAGCUCAAAACUUGCAGAAGCUUGUUGAAGAGAAAACAGAGGAGGUUUCAGAAUUAAGAACCAAUCUAAAAAAGUUAAAUGACGAGAAAGAAGUCUCUGAUAAAGAGCUUGUGUCGAUAAAAGACUCUUCGUCGUCGGAAUUGAUGCAAGUAAAUGAAAAGGUUGUCGAAUUAAACAACUCUAAUGAUGCUCUUAAUGUCGAAUUGUCUUCCUUGAAAGAAGAAACGAAAAAUUUACAAACCCAGUUAAAUGAUGCAGAACAGAAAUUUCAAAAGUUGGAAACUGAUACGAAUAACCAAUACAAGGAGCUAGAAUCACAUAAUAAAAAACUUGAGUCAGAGCUAGCUGACAACCAAAAAGAAAGAAGUACUUUGGAUCAGAAAUGUACCUCUAUACAGAAUGAAUUCAAAGCCUACAAAGAAGAGCAUGGCAAUACGAAAGAAGUGUUGAGCAAAUCCUUACAGGACAAAACUGAAGAGCACAAUUCCACGAAGAAAAGGGUUGAAGAAAUUUUGGCCCAACUUAGCAGCUUAAAAGAAUCACAUUCAAAAGAACUAGACGUCGUCAUUGAAAAGUAUGAUUCCACUUCAAAAGAUCUUGAGCUUAAAGUCAAAAGAAUAAAUGAGCUCGAACUUCUUGAAAAGAAAUUGGAAGAAGCUGAACAGCAAUUAAAACAGAUGAAUGCUCUCGAAUCUCUGAGAAAGUCAAUUGAAAGUGAAAAAGUAAAGUUGUCACAAGAGAUUUCAGGAUUGAAAAAAGAGAUAGAGAAAAUAAAGAAUGAAAAGAAUGGGUUGGAUUCUGACCUUAAACAGGUAAAGAAAAAUUAUGAGGUUUUAAAAAAUGAAAAGUCUAAAGUCGAAGCAGCCUUUUCUGAACAAAAGACCGAAAUUGAGUCUAUCAUGAAAGAGAAAGCUGAUUUGGAGGCCGACCUUGCCAAACUGAAAAAUGAUGUGAAAAGUCUUGAGAAUUCAAAAACCGAGCUAGACUCGAAGCUCACCAAACUGAACGAUGAAAUCAGUGUCAUCAAAAGAGAGAAAUCAGAUUUGGAGAAUGAUCUCAAUAAGGUAAGGGAAGAAAUGAAAAAUUUGACAGAAGAGCAUUCAUCAUUAAAGGAUAACCUGAAAGAGACUGAGAGAAAACUCUCUUCAUUCAAAACUUCAACGGAAGAACAGAAUUCUGCAAGAUCUCGGAAGAUAGAUGAGCUUGAAGCCUCAUUGAAAGAAAAGACAACGAAAGCACAAACCCUUGAUUCAACAAUUUCAACUCUUAAGGCUGAACUCGAUAAGAAGCAAAAGUUACAUAAUGAGGUACUUAGCGAGAAAGAAGCUAAGAUUAAGCAACUUGAAACUGACUUGACAACUAAAACAAAAGAAGUUGAGAAAGAAAGGGCUAUGUUGUCUGAAAACUCGGAGACUAUCAUUAAAGAAUAUAGUGAUAAGAUAAAACAUUUAGAAGAAAACCUUAUGGCUUCUAGGGAAGAAAACGAAAAGAAAGUGCAAAAAUUAUCUCAAGAAAAGCUGGAUUUGGCUGACAAGAUUGAAACUAUCAGUCACCAGCAAAAAACUGAUAAGGAGAAGCAUAUUGCAUUUGAAGAAGAGUCCAAAAACAACAAAACAAAAUUUGAAAAGGAGAAGGAUGAUUUGUUAAAACAACAUCAAGACAAAUCUCAAGAACUUGAAAGGAAAAUUCAGAGAUAUGAGGCAGAUAACUCUAAACUUGAUAAAGAAUCACAAACUUUUAAAAAGCUCGAAGAAGACUUGAAGAAAGAACUUUAUUCUAAAUCCUCCAAACUUGAAGAAAUACAAAAGAGCUUGGAUACAACUCAGAAAAAUUUAGCAUCAAAAAGUAAGGAUCAUGACACUUUAACUAGUGAAUCCAAUGCAAGUAAGCUGAAAAUCGAGGAUCUUGUCAAAGAAUUAAGCUCGUUUAAGACUAAUUUCGACAAACAAAACACAGAUCAUGAACAAGCUAAAAAAGACUUAGAAAAAACCAAAUCGCUUUACGAGGAACAGCUCAAAUUGACAAGUGAUCUCACUAAAUCUAAAGAAAGUAAUAAUUCCAAUUUGGAGGAAUUGAAAAUCAAACUCGCUGAACUCAAGUCUAAAGAAACUGAUUUGCGAAAAGAAAAUGACUCUUUAGCUUCAGAAAUCAAAACCUUGAAAGAAGAAGCUACCAAGAGUAUUAAUGCCUUUAAAGAUCUUGAGUCGACUGUUAAAAAGCUCAAAUCUGAGUUAGAAGAAAAGGCAAAAGAUUCCCAACUUCUAAAGGAAGCGCAAUCACAACUUGAUCAAUCAACUGAAAAAGCAGCUGAGUUGAAUAGUUCGAUCAAUACUUUUAAGGAGAAAAUAGCUGGCUUGGAAAAAGCAGUAGAAAAAGAGAAAGAGAACAAUAAAGAUUUAUCUGAAAAGUUGAGUGAUUCAUCUGAAUCUGCUAAAGAACUAGUUAAAUCAAAAAACCUAGCAGAAACACUCGAAACAGAAUUGAAAGAUGUCAAGAAUACAACUUCUGAGAAGGAAAUUGAAUCAUUCAGUGCUAAGAUUUCAGAACUUGAAAAAAGUUCGGGCUCAGUAAGUAAAUUGGAAAAAGAAAACCUUACGUUUAAAGAAGAAGUGGAAAAACUUCAGAAACUCAAUGAGUCCAAGGAAAAGGAAAUAAAUGACUUAAAACUUGCUCGAGAUUCUGCCUUGAAAGACGUUGGAGACAACUCCAGUAACAUUGAACAACUAAAGAAAUCGGAAGAAGAUAAAGUGAAAGAACUUGAAGGUCUAAGAAAAGAAUUGAGCGAGCUUAAAACUGUCCAUGUGGCUAAACAGAAAGAAUUUGAUUCCCUGAAAGCUGAACAUGAUUCUAAAUUGAAAGAAAUGGACAACUUGCUCAAAGAAAAUAAAGUGAAAGUUAGUGAAUUGGAAUCUUACAAAGCUGAAUCAAAUAAAAAAGAACAGGAACUUAAAUCUCAGGUAGAAGAGUUGACCAAAAAGCUCAAGGAUAAAUCUUCCGAUCUUGUCUCCAGAAGCGAGUUGGAUGAUCUCAUGCUUUUAAUGAGUGACAUGGACGACAAGAAUAAGAAGUAUAAAAAACGUUUGAAGAGCCUUGGAGAAGAAGUUUCGAGUGAUGAAGAUGAUGAUGAUGACGACGACGACGACGACGACGACGAAGAUGAAGACAGUGAAGAUGAAGAUUAA